AAACUUAUCUAGAAGUGAAAAAAUUGGCUGCUAGAAGUGAAAAAAUUGGCUGUAGAUCCGCAAUUUAGAAGUUAGAUGGCGGAACGUUUGUGAUUAGUCGUGGCUCGAUUCUACACUUUUCGUUCUGCAAAAACAUAUUUUUGUACGGAAUCGACCGAAUCAUUGUCAUAACCUAAUUGAUUGAAAAUACAAGUGAUAGAACUUCUUUUCCAUUGAUGCCGAAGGUUCGAAAAAGAAUGGUAAGUCUAUUUAAUGUUUGAAUGACAACGCAAUGUCAUCGAGUACAUUGUUGUUAUCAAUGAACAGAUGUGACAGACGUGUCUUACAAGAGAGGUGUGACGCAAGAGUGUCCCUCUCCGAUUAACGCUUGGAAGUUUCGCUUGUUAUAUAGUGACUGUGGAAAAAUAAUAUGUAAAAAGAUAAUAGUGAAUACAAAAUAGUGAGUGAAUUCUGACUACACCUUCGAUUCGAUUAUAUCCAAGAUAUUCGAUGUGACAACUAUACGAAUAUAUGUAUACGAAUAUAUAUAUCUUUUAAAUCACAAAGCUGCAACAUAAUAGUAAUAAUAAUUCAAAAAGCAAAGAUUACAAAAAACAACACAAGAAGUAAAUUAACUCAACUAUAAAAUCAGUGAAGAGUUCACGCAUACUUUUCUCGUCAUCUAAUGAUAGCAAGACGUGUAACUAACGCGAAAAUCAAUGAUUACAUGACGUCAUAUCGCAAAACGGCGUGAGACAAAGAAGAGACAUAAUUACGCACGUAUAAAAGUUGACUAGAGAACAAGGAGCUUCUCGCUCCUAUCUCCUAGUGUCAAUCUUUUGUGCUAAAUGGUGAAGAUGACACCAUUGGAUGAAGGGAGGAUUAGACAGGGCCUAUCCAAGUAUCAGAAUGCAGACAUAACAAAGAAUCAUGUAACAAGUGUUUUAAAUGUUUACAAAGGCUUAGUAUAUGAGAUUGAGCCUUUUGUUUUCAAUGAUGGCUCGCGCAAAGAACUACUUAAUUUACAAGGAACCAUACCUGUUGUUUAUAAAGGUACUUCUUAUAAUAUUCCAAUCUGCAUAUGGCUAAUGGAUACACAUCCCAAUAAUGCACCUAUGUGCUAUGUUAAGCCAACAGCAGACAUGCACAUCAAAGUCAGUAUGUAUGUAGAUCACAAUGGUAAAAUUUAUUUGCCAUAUCUCCACGAAUGGUUGCCACACAAUUCAGAUUUGCUUGAUCUAAUUCAAGUUAUGAUUGUAACUUUUGGAGACUAUCCUCCAGUUUACGCCAAAACAAAAUCAGAAAUACAGCAGUCUACACCGUACCCCGUUCAACCAUUCAUGCCUGUACCUGGCAGUGGAAGUGUAUCAAGCUUUGCACCGUAUCCAACAAAUUCUCAAUAUUCUGGUGGUAGCAAUGUUUACCCACCGUAUCCAUCCACAGCGUCCGGAGGAUUUCCAUAUCCAGGUUCUUAUGGUUCCUAUGCUGGAUCCACUCCAAGUUAUCCGCGGCAAGGAUACAAUGGUCCGUAUUCGCCAUAUCCACCAGCUACACAACCGUCACCGACGGUACAACCGAGUUCUGGCGGAUCUGGUACGAUCACGGAAGAACAUAUAAGGGCAUCUUUGCUAUCCGCGGUAGAGGAUAAACUGCGACGUCGGCUCAAGGAGCAAUUUUCACAACUGCAAGCUGAACUAGAGACACUGCGACGAACACAGCAAGAGCUUACGAGUGGCUCGUCUCAUCUGACGGAUUUGUUUGAGAAACUCGAGAGAGAGAAGCAAGAACUUGAGAAGAAUGUGAAUAUCCUGCAAGAUAAGGAAGCGGAGUUGGAGAAGGAGAUCGCCAAGCUGUCGGAUAACCAAUCGAUAGACGUUGAUGAAGCUGUCACUACUAUAGCGCCGUUGUAUAAACAAAUGCUAAAUGCUUUUGCCGAAGAAGCAGCUACAGAGGAUGCCAUUUAUUAUCUUGGCGAGGGACUGCGAUCUGGCAUUAUAGAUUUGGAUGCUUUCCUUAAACAAGUUCGACAAUUGUCGCGCAGGCAAUUUAUGCUAAGGGCAUUAAUGCAGAAAUGUCGGCAGAAAGCUGGUCUGGCUGGUUAAAGAAAACUUUUCGCGUGUGUUCUAUUUCAAUCAAUACAUACAUUAUAUAUACACAUACAUACACAUACACACACACUCUGUGUUAUUAUAUAAAAGUAUGAUUCUAUUUUGCAAUGACAAUAGAACACAAAAUUAUUGCCGAUACUGGAAAGCACGAAGUUAUUUUAUUGAUAAACUCUAUUUUGUCCUCGCGGUAUAUGAGAGGAAGAGAGAGAACUUUGUUUUAUAUAAUAUAAAUGUUUAAUAAACUGCAUAUGUGUUCGAUAUACAGAGAGAUUAUAUUGCACAUUUAAAAACAAUUAUAUAUGGUACUAGUAAUGAUAUACUUUUCUUACACAGAAUUAUGUUAUAUUAUAUCAGUAUCACAUCUUUGUGCGCAAAGAACAGAUGCAAAUAUUUUAUCUUUUCAAGGUGCAAGAAAAGUUGUGAUGUACCUGUAUUGUGAACAAACUUCUCACCUUCAUUGUGAUAAUGAAUAAACUUCUGCAUAAUAUUAAAAAAAAAAAAAAAAAAAAA